AUGGAUCUGAAUCAUCUGAUAGAUGUCGAUAUGUUGUCCUCAGAAUCAAGUUACGCUAGUGAUGUUAGCGAGAAUGACUCUGAGUUGAUAGAGAAACUGAAGUACAAAUGCAAGUAUUGUCACAAGAGGUUCUCUAAAAGACAAGCAUUGGGUGGUCACCAAAAUGCUCACAAGAUGGAGAGAACGAUCACGGAAAGACAAAACCAUGCCAUGUUGACGAGUAUGAACCAGCCGUAUCCAAAUAUGUACCCUUACACCAUUGAUGGACUGACCAACUUAACCAUGGUCAACAAUCAAAGUCAAGGAACAGACCAAAGUUUGCCCAUUAGAGGAAAUCCAUACCAAUCCGUCAUGGCUCCACCUCAACUAUAUUUGUCCCCAACGUCGCCACCACCACCACCUUGGUGUUUAAACCUUUGUCUUGCUGUUGGAAAUAGCUUACAAGCUCAAGCUCAACCUAAAGAACCUAGCGAAGAUGAUGACCUUUCACUUUCUCUCUCGCUCAAACUUUGA